GUGAGCUGGUCAUUUGUUCUGCAGGCACCUCGGCUUUGUGGUUUCUUCCAAUAAAGUUGUAUUUUGUCUUCUGGAACUCCGAACUCUGCAAGAAUGGCAUAUGGUCACAUUGUCCUCACAACCUGCAUUUUGUUCCAGUACUUCGAUGUGCAGGCGGUUGUGGUUAAGCCCUCUGUGUUUGUCCGGUCGGGGUCAUCGGCUGAGCUGACCUGCACGUAUGAUACACAUGCCUCAGAGGGCUUCACCCUGGAGUGGCGUUAUGCCACUCCAGGAACUCCUGCCGCCCAAGCCAAGAGGGUUCUGUACUACAAUGGGAAGCUGUACUGGGUGAACUCUAGGAAGGGAAGGAUGGCUCUCGUGCAGAACCCUCCAGUGCCGGGCGUGGCUUCUGUCAGGAUCAUCAAUGCCCAAAUAUCUGAUGCUGGGUUGUAUAUAUGUGUGGUCACCAACCCCAACGACUGGUCCAGCAGCGGACAAGGUCUGAUCAACCUCACUGUGCUAGCUCCUCCAUCUGUGCCAGAAUGUUGGCUGCAGGCAUGCUCCUUCAUGGAGAAUGAUGUGAUUCUGAUAUGUAAUUCCUCUCAGGGUCAGCCAACACUAAUCUAUUCAUGGCGCAGAGAGCAGAACGCAGCCCCUCUGCCGUCAGACAGUUUUGUUGAAGAUCAGCACACAGGUUCUCUGAUGUUGCACAACUUGUCUGAUGCCUUAAUCGCUGGAACCUACACAUGUAAAGCGUUUAAUGAACUCGAUCAGGCAGAGUGCAGCGUAACCCUCAGAGUGACCUAUGCUGCUGCCAAUGACGGAGUGUUUAUGGGAAUCACUCUCAUUGUGCUGUUGUUUGAAGUAAUGGUCAUGUAUAUCAUCCUUCACGGAAAAGGGAGAAGCACGUCCAGAAAACAUGCAAAAGAGGCAGGUGAAAACCAAUUCAGCACGUCAUCAGCAGAGCGGUGGGAACCUACUACUGUUUCAGUCCAGUACUGAAGACCAAUCGGACUUGAAAGUGUCUCACUUCAGUCCAGCUGUUUAGAUGUUUCUCAGAUGUUUCUCUUGCAUCUGUUCUACUUGUUCAAUUUCUGAGCCUACAAUUAAUAUUCACUUUUUUCCCCAUGUACCUAGAAGCGUACACUGUAAAAAAUGACCAUGAUUUUAACGGUAAAAAACUGUGAAAAAGCUACGGUAAAAACCUGUUAAAUGGUUAACGGUACGUUUCCCUAAUAUAUACGGUGAAAAACUGUAAUAGACAUUUCAGACAAUUUUACAGUGAAAUACCGCUUUUGGAAGUGAAAAAGAAUGUAAAAUUUACAGGGAAAAACCGUAAACUGACGUUCCCAGAAUUCCCUGCGUUGCAUUUCAAAAUUUGUUUGAAUUUGAUGUUUUUUCUUUGAAAUAACUAUGUUUCUUCUUAGUUUUUUUCUUAUCAGUUAUGUUUAUUAGGGUUGUAUGUUACAUCUAAUGUUGUUAAAUUAAUGUUUAUUGCACAUUUCAGUUUAAUGAGUCUCACCAUGAUGGUGUUUAGUGUUUGUGUGAAUGACACUGUGCACCUUCUAUAUAUGUUAUUAUUUAAAAGCUGCUUGUGAUGGGCUUUGGUGAUUUUCAUGUGACUUUCUCAUCACCACCUGCAUUUGGUAAUUAUCAGUGUAUUUCAAAGGUACAAAACAGAUUUCAGUACUUCAAUAGGUUGGUAUAUUAACAUUAUAUCAGUUAAUGAAAUUACAGUAUUUAACUGUAAAUUUAAGUUAAAACUGUAAAACCUAAAAUGUUGCUACCGUAUAUUUUACAGUAGAAUUCCGGCAACCACAGCUGCCGGUUUUUUACCGUAAAUUUUACGGAAUUUUUUUUACAGUGUACCUUUGUACUCAUUUCAUUCAGUAACACUAUAAUGAUGAAUUAAAGAUA